AUGAGUAAUGUUAAAUCAAAAACCGAACCGAACAAUCCGGAUACGACAUUCCCGACACGACCUAUAAAGUCACUAGCAUUAUGGAAUUUUAAGAACCACACGCGCGAAGAUACCUUCCGGGUGGAUGUCGCAGCAGCAACUGAGCUCACCAUUCUAUGGGUCGCAGCGAUCUCCGAUGCUGUACGGCAGUUAAUGGAUAUGUGGGCGACAAUCGUAUCGGCAACUAGUACCUCCCGGGAAGGUCACGGACUAGCGGAUCUCGGUGCUUCCAAGAAAGCCGGGAAUGGUAAUACGGGACGCGAUCGUCGCUUGCAUUGA